CUGGGUGAGAGUCGCCGCACAGCUUCAUUGCAGAAACAGCAGGAGGAGAAUGUCGCACAGGAAGUUUGAGCAUCCCAGGCAUGGGUCCCUUGGAUUUCUCCCAAGGAAGCGUGCUGCUCGCCACAGGGGCAAAGUGAAGUCUUUCCCCAAGGAUGAUCCUAGCAAGCCCUGCAAGCUUACUGCUUUUUUGGGUUAUAAGGCUGGGAUGACCCAUAUUGUCAGAGAGGUUGAAAAACCUGGAUCAAAGCUUCACAAAAAGGAGACCUGUGAGGCUGUAACUAUUGUUGAGACCCCUCCAAUGGUGGUUGUUGGAGUAGUGGCCUAUAUUAAGACACCUCGUGGCCUCCGUUCUUUGAACACUGUCUGGGCUCAACAUCUAAGUGAGGAUGUGAAAAGAAGGUUCUACAAAAACUGGUGCAAAUCCAAGAAGAAGGCUUUUAUUAAGUACUCAAAAAGAUAUGAGACUGAAGAAGGGAAGAAAGAUAUUCAUGCACAGCUGGAAAAAAUGAAAAAGUAUGCCACUGUUAUAAGGGUUCUGGCUCAUACUCAGAUUAGGAAAAUGAAGGGAUUGAAGCAGAAGAAGGCACACUUGAUGGAGAUCCAGGUCAAUGGUGGUACUAUUGCUCAGAAAGUGGACUAUGCUUAUGGCUUCUUUGAGAAGCACAUUCCCGUGGAUGCUAUUUUCCAGAAGGACGAGAUGAUUGACAUCAUUGGGGUGACCAAGGGUAAAGGUUAUGAAGGUGUUGUCACUCGUUGGGGUGUCACUCGCCUUCCCCGUAAGACUCACAGGGGUUUACGGAAGGUGGCAUGUAUAGGUGCCUGGCACCCUGCCCGAGUUUCAUUCACAGUUGCCAGGGCUGGUCAGAAUGGAUAUCACCACCGAACUGAGAUGAACAAGAAGAUAUACAAGCUUGGCAAGGCUGGGCAGGAGUCGCACACUGCCAUCACUGAGUUUGACAGGACUGAGAAAGACAUUACUCCUAUGGGUGGCUUCCCUCACUAUGGUGUGGUGAAAGAUGAUUACAUAUUGAUCAAAGGAUGCUGUGUUGGGCCAAAAAAGAGGGUUGUCACACUUCGCCAGUCUCUGCUUACACAAACAUCUCGUCUAGCCCUCGAGGAUAUCAAGCUUAAGUUCAUUGACACGUCGUCGAAAUUUGGACAUGGGCGUUUCCAGACUACACAGGAGAAACAAAAGUACUAUGGACGGCUGAAAGCAUAAUUGCCCCAUCCAUUGAAAUCUUUCGAUUUCAAUGCAACUCAGAUAUCUAUGGUUUUAUGACGGUCAGAGAUGGCCUUAAGAUUUGUUUUUGUUUCAUUUGGAUAUUUGAUGUCUUCUGAGACACGAACAGUGUGGUGCAAAUUUUGUUUUAUUGUAGACUUACUGUUAUGAAUUUGUUUUUUAUUCUAAGAUUUACCGGUUUGUUAUUCUGUCAUUGAUAUAAGGUACAUCUGUGUUACCCGAAAAAAAUGACGUUGGAUGCAUAAACAAAUGACUCUUAAUUGUCGAGGACACUGGUCAGAAAAGAGUCCCUACUCUAUGUUAACAAUGGG